CUGUUAUACACUUCAGUUUUCCCCAAGCUCCUUCCUUUCAGUGUCUGGACAGAGCCGGGUAAUCUUUUGCCGUGGAAUGAUUGCAUAAUUGGAGGAGAGGCCAAUAAGAGGAUUUAAACAAAACUGUUCUAUUGUAAAUCUGUUGAAGGACCUAGUUUCUGCUCGUUAUCCUUAUUUUGUUCACGCAGUUUCUUUUUAAAACGGUGAAUGACGAAGCAAGGAGAAAAGAUGCAGAAUAGGUUAUCCUAUGAUGAGGCUUUUGCUAUGGCUAAUGACCCCUUGGAAGGCUUCCAUGAAGUAAACCUUGCUUCACCUACUUCGCCAGACCUUCUUAGUGUGUAUGAAUCAGGAAUUCAGGAGCAGACUACCUCACCAAGUGUCAUUUACCGGCCACAUCCUUCAGCUUUAUGCUCUUCUAUCCAGGCUAAUGCAUUGGACGUUUCUGAUCUUCCUACACAACCUGUGUAUUCAUCCCCCAGACGUUUAAAUUGUGCAGAAAUAUCUGGUAUCAGCAUUCAUGUUACAGACCCAGCAUCUUCUGUUACUUCUGGAGCUGCAUCUGGGUUAACUAAAUUAACUACAAAGAAGGACAACUGUAAUGCAGAGAGAGAGUUACAGGGUGCUACUAUCACAGAGGCUUAUGCUGGCAGCGAUGAUAUUUUUGGGUUGAGUACAGAUAGUCUGUCCCGUUUGCGAAGCCCAUCUGUUCUUGAAGUUAGAGAAAAGGGCUACGAAAGAUUAAAAGAAGAACUUGCAAAAGCUCAGAGGGAACUGAAGUUGAAAGAUGAAGAAUGUGAGAGGCUUUCAAAAGUACGAGAUCAACUUGGACAGGAGUUGGAAGAACUCACGGCUAGUCUGUUUGAGGAAGCUCACAAGAUGGUGAGAGAAGCAAAUGUCAAGCAGGCAACAGCAGAAAAACAACUAAAAGAAGCACAAGGGAAAAUUGAUGUACUUCAAGCUGAAGUAGCCGCGCUGAAGACACUCGUGUUGUCCAGUUCUCCAACGUCACCCACACAAGAGCCUCUGCCAGGUGGAAAGACACCUUUUAAAAAGGGGCAUACAAGAAAUAAAAGUACAAGCAGUGCUAUGGGUGGCAGUCAUCAGGACCUCAGUGUGAUACAGCCAAUUGUAAAAGACUGCAAAGAGGCUGAUUUAUCUUUGUAUAACGAAUUCAGAUCUUGGAAGGAUGAGCCCACAAUGGACAGAACAUGUCCUUUCUUAGACAAAAUCUAUCAGGAAGAUAUCUUUCCAUGUUUAACAUUCUCAAAAAGCGAGUUGGCUUCAGCUGUUCUGGAGGCUGUGGAAAACAAUACUCUAAGCAUUGAACCAGUGGGAUUACAACCUAUUCGAUUUGUGAAAGCUUCUGCAGUCGAGUGUGGAGGACCAAAAAAAUGUGCUCUUACUGGCCAGAGUAAGUCUUGUAAACACAGAAUUAAACUAGGGGACUCAAGCAACUAUUAUUAUAUUUCUCCUUUUUGCAGAUAUAGGAUCACUUCUGUAUGUAACUUUUUUACGUACAUUCGAUAUAUUCAGCAGGGACUUGUGAAACAGCAGGAUGUUGAUCAGAUGUUUUGGGAAGUUAUGCAGCUGAGGAAAGAGAUGUCAUUGGCAAAGCUGGGAUAUUUCAAAGAGGAACUCUGAUGCUCUGCGUGGGACCAUGCAUGAACCUCCCUGAAUAACUGAAAAGUGGCUGAAUAUUUUUAUGGUUACUUGAUAUUUAUUUCUAAGGAGUGGGCUCAAGACUUCUUCCCCUUUUUGCAAAUUACACUAAGAAGUACUGUGAUUUCUUUUUAACUGACCUAUGCUGUUUCUGCUUAUUCUUUAGUUGAACACACUGUAAAGAAUUGCAGGUAUACUAGUGAUUGUAAUUUAUAGCUGCAAAAAAAAAAAAAAAAAAACACCAAUAAAUCUUAGAUUGAAUGUUUGUUUCAUAUAUGGACAACAUGGCAAUAAACUUGAAAAUUGAAGCAAAGUGGAAAAAAAAAUCCUAGGAAAAAGUAGUUUUGAUUAAGAAGAAAUCAGAAACCUGUUUUACUUACUAUUAAAGGAAAUACUUAAAACUUUACCCACAAGAAAGCUCUAGGCCAGAUAGUUUUACUAAACUUUAAAGAAUUAGUUAUUCUAAUAUAAAUUCUUCCAGAGAGUAAGAUGUCUCCUACAUAAAACCCAUAUAACCUUGAUAGUAAAAACAGGGAUGAUGAAGAAAGAAAAAUUAUGGGCCCAUUUUAAACCUGGAUAUAUAUGCAAAAGCAAAUUGAAUCUAGCAUACUGACCAAGUGGCAUUUAUCCCAGAAAUGCAAUGCUGACAUUUUAGAAAACUGAUAAAAAUCUCAUUCACUGUAUUUGUAGAAUAAAGUUGAAAAAAUUUGAUCAGUAGUUGAAAAAAAAACAUUUGAUAAAUCAAUGGCCAUUAAUAACAUCCUAGUCAUCUCUAAGUGGGAGAAUACUUUUCAACUUGUUAAGGAUAUCUACAAAAAACCUAUAAUAAACGUCCUGGGGAAGGAAGUGCUAGAAGCAUUGUUUUUAAAAUGCAUAAGAGAAGGGUGAUCAUUAUCCUCACUUUUUAUUUCACAUUGUAGUGGUAGUGUUAGCCAUUGCAGUAAGAUGAGAAAAAAUAAAAAUAUGAUAAUUGGAAAGAAUAGAGUAAAUUAUCAUUUUCUACAGGUGGUAUAAUUAUCUGCAUAGGAAAGUAAAAAAAAGAUGUUCCAUCAGAUUAUUAGACAUUGGAGAGUUUAGUAAGGUAGCUAAACAUAAGAUCAGUACUGUGAAUUACACUUUUAUACACCAGCCACAGAAAAUUAGAAAAAAUUUAAAAAGAAAAUUAGAAA